AUGAAAUUGAAACCCGUGGGAGCGUCCCGUAACUUUGUUCAGCGCUACAUUCACAUCAACGACGAGUGUCGCGUGUGCGAAUGUGCCAAGACAGAGGAGGCCACGCGCUGCGAGCUACGCUGCGCUACUUGUUCUAUGACACUCCACAAGAAGUGCUACGGUUUGAAAGGCGAAUUACCCGAGAGAGACUGGAAUUGCCGUCGCUGCCAGUUCAUUUACGACGAGACAGCGUGGGAAGAUAUCAGCAGUUUAAUCGGCAUGGCGGCACCUGAAGGAGUCUCGUUCCCAACGUGCAAACCGCUGGACAACAAGCAGAAGCUGCAUAAACUGCAAGCGGACUGUGAUUUCGCAGCCGUUUUCUUGUUCUUGCAACGUUUCCGUCGACUUGGACUUAAGUUGUCAAAUGUCGUCACCACACUUGAGAGUCUAGCCAGCGCCUUGCUGGAGCCGAAGGAGGACGGAUUGUGCGAAGAGCUACACACACGAUUGCUGGCCAACAUUAACGUUGUCAUGAACAAAAAGUACCCUUGGUAUGUGCACAUAUUUCGCUUCCUGCGAGAAGCGGAGUACCCUCCAGCUAUUGCACAUGACUCGACGUACCCAGCUACAAGUGCUGAAGCCGAAAAGCGCGGAGAGUUUUACUUUGAACUACCAGUAGCGGAGAGAGUGGCGAUCCUCAAGUUCUUGUGUGAAGCUCAGUUUGACCGUAACGAAGCUCUCAUCGAGCAGAUCGAUGACGAAGAAGCAGAGUCGAUGAGAAAUGAACCUGUUGGGACAGACGCCGCGGGUCGCUCCUAUUUCAUUUUGGAAGAUGCUGCGACGGUGCCCAAUGCGGCGGUGUGGAUUUGUCGGUGUGCGAAGGUUGGUGGGGUAGACUGGGAGACUGUAUGCAACGAUCUCGAGUCUAUGGAGUCGCUGGUAGAACAACUGUCGCUGUCGGUUGACUCGGCAGACUUGCAGCUGUGGCGAACGCUGUCCCAAGGUGCCCUCAAGAAGCUCACGCGUCAGCAGGAGAGGCGGAGACGAAAUGAACGCUGGAAAAGUGAGCUUGCUGUCAACGGGGUUCUGGAUCCGUCCGGUAUCUCGGAAGGUAUUGGACGACGCUCGUUGCGCAACCGGCAACAGGUUAACUACGCGACUAUUGAUGCGGAGGAGGACAUCUGA